AUGCCAUCCAGAAACUCAGUCAAUAGACCCAAGGACGGUAUCUUGAGAAGGAAGAAGGCUGUUGGGCUGGCCAGAAAGAGAGCCGCAAAGAGAUCAUCCGCUCCUACAGGCAGAUUCAGAGGACCAGCUUCGCUUGUUGGUACCGCCAAGUCCAGUGCAGUUGCCUUAUAUACUGGUGUGUCUCAGCCUACCGGUUUGCUCACUACUCAGACUUUGUCCAACAAAAGAAGAAAGAAGCUGGAACGUAACCAGAUCUACGUUGAUAGAAGAAAGGGUGCUGCUGAUAAGCCAAAGGAGGACGACACCACUAUGGAUGUUGAUGAGAUGGUUCAGAAAAAAGAACAACAGGCUAAAUCUAUCAGAGAAGCUUUGUGGAGUGUUAUCGAACAAGGGCGUUCAGUCCCAGUUAUCAAUGGGACAGAAGGAACCACCCUGGGUGGACCAAGCUAUUAG